AUGAAGAAACCUACCAUUUGCAAAAGUGCAGAGAGCUCAGCUGCAAACGGGACAUCUGUGGCACUCUCUUCAUGUCAGGGACAGGGUCAGUCCUUCCUGGAACAUGAAAAUGGCUCUCAGGUUGGAAUGAGAUUAGAAGGCGUUGAUCCCCGACAUCCUUCUGUAUUCUGUGUGCUAUCUGUAGCCAAGGUGUGUGGUUGCCGGCUGAGACUGCAUUUUGAUGGUGAUUUGAGCUGCUGUGAUUUUUGGACCAAUGAUGGUUCCCCUGACAUUCAUCCAGUGGGGUGGUGUGAAAAGACCAAGCACGAAUUGCGUAUCCCUAAGGGUUAUAGAAAAGAUAAAAUUGUUUGGAUGGAUUACUUGAAGGCCUGGAGAUUGCAAAAUGCUCCUAAGAAAUUAUUCAGGAAUGUAAGUCCAAAUGGGCCGGUGCCAAAGGAGUCUCAGGUCGGGAUGAAGCUGGAGGCUGUGGACAGGAGAAGCCCUUGCUUGGUGUGUGUGGCGACCAUUGCAGAUGUUGGGGAAGACCGUGUACGAGUGCGUUUUGAGAACUGGGAUGACGAUUUUGAUUACUGGUGAGACAUCAGUCUGCAUUGUGAUGCUAACAGUUCUUACAUCCAGCCAGUUGGUUGGUGUCAGGAGAAUGGACGAACUCUGGUAGCACCCCACGGUUAUCCUGUUCCAGAAAAGUAUUGCUGGACAGAAUAUCUGGAAGCUACUCAGACAAAUGCGGUGCCUGCCAGCGUUUUCAACACAAGGGCGCUACAUGGCUUUUUGCCCAACAUGAAGCAGGAUGCUGUGGACAAAGAGAACCCCCGGUUCAUUCAUGUUGCCACCAUUGUAGAUGUUGAUGAUCACAAAGUGAAGAUUCAUUUUGAUGCCGGGGACCAUAAACACGACCGCUGGGCGGAUGCUGACAGCCCUGACGUUCACCCUGUGGGGUGGUGUGAUGCCACCGGGCAGCCACUGGAAGUGCCCUAUGUUCUUUUACUUCCUGAAUGGACAAAUGGUGUGAAAAUCCUUCCAGGUCAAGCUGUAUGCCCUAUUCCUGGGUGCCAUGGAAUAGGCCAUAUCCAUAGCCCACGUUGUGCAGGACACCACAGUGCUUUCGGAUGCCCAUAUUCAGACAUGAACUUGAAGCAGGAGGGCAUUCAGGACCGCCCAAGAGAACAGACACAGGCAAAUUUGGAAUCAGAUUCUUCACGUUCCAAGUUAGGAAACCUCCACAGUUUGAAUUUCAAUGGAAAAUGUGAAAAAAUGAUCAGUCAGUCCAGGCUUGUACAGCAGGCACAGUGUUUGAAAAAUCAAAAAAAAAAAAAAAAAAAGGAGGAUAUUGACUUGGAUAAUCUCUUCAGAGCAUACUCAGCUGCACAGACACAGCAGGUGCUCCCCCAGUCCAUCCUCGUGACCUCCAUGUCUGCCCACCCUUUUCGAGACCUCCCCCUAGGCUGGGAGCAGCACUGCAAGCUGCUGCCAGGUGUGGCUGAUAUCCAAGCCAGCCAAGUGUGGACAGUGGAUGAGGUGGCUGAGUUUAUACAAUCUCUUCUGGGCUGUGAAGAACAUGCCAAGUGCUUCAAGGAAGAGCAGAUAGAUGCCAAAGCCUUCCUGCUUCUGACCCUGGCAGACCUCGUCAAAGUGAUGAAGAUGAAGCUGGGACCAGCUCUGAAGAUUUCUAAUUCUAUCCUGAUGUUCAGGAACUCCCGGGACGUCACUGAAGAUGGUGGUGCCUCGGGCCAAGAAACCAGGAGAUGAACGUGCUCCUGAACAGCCACCCACACUGUUUCUAAAAGACUUGUGCCUUUAGAAACGAGCUUGGCAGCCAUCCAGUUGAAUUUAAUGUCCCCGUGGCCAUACUCAUAUUUCAUCGGGACCCUUUAAAGUGUCUGGUUGAGGUGUGUGGCGGACUUGAUAAACAGUCAAAUGCCGAUGACUCAGAUGCUUAGUUAGAGCCGAGUGUGGGUUUGGAUGGCAUCUUUUCUGUAGCAAACAGACCGGAGACGCUGUCCAUGUGUCUGUCCUCCCCCCCCCUCGAUAAAAACAAAAUUCCAUUCCGCAAGUGUCAAGUGUCUCAAGUGGUAAAAUGCCAGGAAAUAAAUUCGUUAAUUAAUCAUUAAUGUGUUCGCCAGAAACACAUCUGAGCACAGCUCACGUCAAUUAUCCGGAUGCAGUAAGACUAAGAGAUGGCAGCCUGGUGCUUUCAAAAAGACUCCUGAGGUUUCUGGGCCCUUAGCUCAGGAAAGAAUGGAUCUUUUCAAAGUGCUAAUAAGUACAUUGUCUUCGUGAUCCUCAGUUUUAUUCCUUUUACUGCUCCUUGGUUAUGGCUCCAAGGUGCCCUGGAGCCCACUUGAGGAAGUGUGCCUAGAAGGAACUGAAAAAUAGUGGGGUGUUUCAGGAACCAGAUGAGGCCCUGUGAGGACCUGCCGCCAGGGCUGCCUCGGGAGCUGGUUCUAACAGUGGCACUGGCCAAAGGCCUGCCUGCAUGGUAUCGCUCCUGUUCCCACGCUGAUGAAACAAGCUUCAGAAUGGACUCUUCCUCGUCUGUUGAUGCUGAAGAAGUGCUUCAGGACAGGGGACCUCCAGAGAGGGACUCAAGAUCUUAGGCUUCAGUGAUAUUUUAGAGGUCAGUGUGCCUGAGAUUGGAGUUGUGGGCAGACCACUUCAUAGGUAUCAAAAAGGGGAACCCAGGUCUACAACGGUUUCUGCUCUAUCACAUAACAGCAACUGCAACUGCCCUCCUGAAGCCAAGACUCAUCCUUUAGAGGCAGGAACCAAUGGGGAAGCCAUGAGAAAGAAGCAGACCUGACAAUAUCCUUCUGCUACAUUAAUGACAUCCUCAGUCUAACAACGUGGAUUCUGCUUAGUGUAUUUCUCUAACUUAAGGUCACUGAAGAAGAAAAGAACUUGAAACCAUAUAUAUUACAUUCUUUAAAUGCUUACCUAAACAUAAAUUUAAUAUACUAUUAGGUGAAGUAAACUUGUUUCUGUGAAGUUUUUGUUUCUCCCUUUUUUUGUAAGCUUUCCAUAUGCAAUAUAAA